AUGGAAGAAAUUUUGUGUUUGAAAAUUCAUCAUAGUGGUGAGUUUGUGGACUCUGAAAAAACUAAUUAUGUGGGGGAUAAAUGUAAUGAUUUAGAGAUAGAUGUGGAUAUGUGGUCAUACUUUGAAUUGGUUGAUGUUCUGAAAGAUUUAGGUUACACUGAGGUAGACACUAUAUAUUACAAUUACCCCACAUUUGGAAUAAAUGUUCUUAAGGAUGAUAAGGGUGCGUUAGAGGUAGCUGACCUUUGUAGGGUACAUUUAAAAGUUGACAUUUACAUAGAACAUUCGUUAUCUCAACCAGAAUACGUUGAAAAUCCUAUAAACAUGAUGGAGGAAAAAGCCAUAGAUGAAGAACCAUUAAAUAUGGUUAAUCCGGAGGUAGAAUCCAUCCUUCAAUAUUUUUAUGAAGAAGUUAUAAAGGAUACGGAAGUAGGUACUAAUGGUGAGAGUGUGAACAAUAAUGGUGUUAAGGAUAUGAAUGUAGGUGAAGGUGUGAACAAUAAUGGUGUUGAGGGUACGAAUGUAGGUGUGAACAACAAUAGUGUUGAGGGUAUGAAUGUAGGUGAAUGUGUGAACAAUAAUGGUGUUGAGGGUAUGAAUAUAGGUGAGAGUGUGAACAAUGAUGGUGAGGUUCAUGAUGUUAUGGAUACUAAUGCUGGUUUGUUGAAUGAGAUUAAAAGCUCUGAAGACAGUGAGGAUGAGAGUUACAAUUAUGAUAGUGCUUUGGAAGUUACAUUUAGUGAUUCUGGUAUGAGUGUGGAUUAUUCUGAAGAACAUUUAGACAAUCUUGUUGAAUAUGAUGGAAGCCAUGAAGAAACAAGUAAAAAGAAGAAAAAGAAAUGGGAAUGA